AUGGCGGCCACGGCUGCGGAGGCGGCGGCGACUGCGGCGGUGCCGGGCGACGGUGGGGCCGGUGAUGCCGAGCCCGAGCUGGAGCCCAUCCCGGGCAGCGAGGCCGGCGCGGAUCCUCUGCCCGCCGUCACCGAGGCCGUGGAGUCGGCGGCGCCCGACGGGGAGGAGGCCGACGGCGGCGGCAAGGUUGCUCCCGGCGAGGCCGAGGCGCCGCAGCCCGCCCGGAGCCCGGCCGGGAGGCGGGAGGCGGACGCGCAGAGGCCGGAGAAGCCGCCGCCUCCUCCGCCCGCCGCCCCAGAGGCGGUGCUGGCGGCGGCUGCUUCGGCCCGGGCCGAGCUGCGGGGAGCGCCCGGCCCGGAGCCCGAGCCCUGCCGGCCGCCUGCUGGGCAGCCCGAACUUCCCGAGGAGGAGCCGCAGCCCUGCCCGCCGGCUACUGGGGGCUCCGCGAAGCCGGAGCCCGGGGAGGAGCCGUCCCGGCCGGAGGAGGAGGAGCCGGAUGCUGCUGCUGCCGCCGCUGCCGGGCCCGAGUCGCCGGUGGCCGGGGCUCCCGGUGGAGGGGAGGCGGAGGCUCCGCUGCUGCCCGGCUCGGAGGUGCGGGUCACCCUGGAUCACAUCAUCGAGGAUGCCCUGGUGGUCUCGUUCCGGCUGGGGGAGAAGCUCUUCUCCGGGGUCCUCAUGGACCUCUCGAAAAGGUUUGGACCCCACGGAAUCCCUGUGACCAUAUUUCCUAAAAGGGAAUACAAGGAUAAACCUGAAGCCAUGCAGCUCCAAAGUAAACCAUUCCAAGAUGAGGCACAGGUGAAGUGUGAAUCUAAUGCUGCAGUCCCUGAUGACUCUUCUCUCAUGCAGCCAUCAGAACCAAGCUUAGCUAAAAGCCUAUGGACUUCUAAACCACCUCCUCUCUUUCAUGAGGGAGCGCCAUAUCCUCCUCCUUUGUUUAUCAGGGACACGUAUAACCAGUCAAUACCUCAGCCUCCGCCCCGGAAAAUUAAGCGGCCCAAGCGUAAAAUGUACAGGGAGGAACCCACUUCUAUCAUGAAUGCUAUCAAACUACGACCCCGGCAGGUCUUAUGUGACAAGUGCAAAAACAGUGUUGUUGCAGAAAAAAAGGAAAUAAAAAAAGGUGGCAAUGCAAGUGACUCUUCAAAAUAUGAGGAUAAUAAAAAACGCAGAAACGAGAGUGUGACUACUGUGAAUAAAAAACUUAAGACUGACCACAAGGUGGAUGGAAAAAGCCAAAAUGAAAGCCAGAAAAGGAAUGCUGUGGUCAAGGUUUCAAAUAUUGCCCACAGCAGAAGCAGAGUAGUUAAAGUUUCUGCACAAGCAAAUACUUCAAAAGCGCAGUUAAAUACAAAAAAAGUUCUCCAGAGCAAAAACAUGGAUCAUGCAAAAGCUCGGGAAGUCUUGAAAAUGGCCAAAGAAAAGGCACAAAAGAAGCAGAGUGCAACCUCCUCUUCCAAAAAUGCACACUCAAAGGUCCAUUUCACACGGCGUCUUCAGAACACCAGCUCAGGUUCCCUCCCACCUCGAUUGCGUUUAAAGCCACAAAGAUAUCGGAAUGAAGAAAAUGACUCUUCUCUCAAGACAGGACUUGAGAAAAUACGGAGUGGCAAGAUGGCAACUAAGCCCCAGUCUCGCUGCUCCUCCACCCGCUCAGCAGCUCAGAGACACUAGUCAACUGCUGUUUUUAUGGAACCUCACUACACUGCCACGAAGAGCACCAGCUCAUCAGGACUGAAAGAAAUCUGAGACUGAAUUGUCCUAUUUUUCCUCUGAAAUCUUCACCAAGUAGUAAACAUUUUUUGAAGGGGAAAGGGGGGUAAAUAUGUUAAAGCACCCCCUCGCACCCAGUUAGGGCACCUGUACCUAAUGUACAUUUUCUUUAAAAUUUAAAAAGAUGUUAGGAAAUAUUUUAUAAAACUUUUUUGCAAUAAAUGACGCAUGAAAUUAUUGAAGAUUAUAAGACACUUACAUGCAAGGAACCACUUGAAUUAUUAGUAUGAAGAAUCACUGCAAAUAACUGUUUUUUUUGUAAUGUGACAGUCACGUUUGUAUGUUUUGAUAGGUGCCAGUGAUGGAGCCAAUUGCCUGGGAAGUUGACUGUAACUUUUGAACUUUUAUUUUAAUUCUUAACUUUAGCAUUGCAAUUUUCCAUUCUAUGAGGCUUAGUUAGUAUUUAGUGCAGGUGUUAGCAGAGCUGUGACCUGUGAUCAAAAGCAUGUCCAAAACCAAUUGUAUUGUAAAAUAUGAACAGUCCUGCUAUAUGAGACCAAUGUUUCCCAUAGAGGUGAUGGAAAGGACAGUGACCACAAACUCCAUGUAUCUCUGUAUUAUGGGAAAGCUCCUUCUGUGUGAAUAUGGUUGCAUUUUAUUUAUGCUAUUGUAACACUUAGGGAAUUGAGGAUUUUGAAAAACAUUAAGAAGGGCUACAACAGAGAGUAGCAUUUUGCUUAUGAUACUAUAAGAAGAUGGGAGUCGUGAAUGGAGAGAGAUUAAAUUGAAUGGCAUUUCUAUUUCUAAUCAUGGGUUAAUUUCUCCUUUUGACAAAAAUAUUUUUCAGAUAGGUAACCAGUAGAGCAAAGGUUUUAUUAGUGUUUCUGAUGGUUGUUGAUCUCAGUUACAUUGACUUGUUUGAAUAGCUGUAAAUCAAAAACAAACAAACAAACAAAAACAAACCCAGUGGGUUUUAUCCAUUUUAUUCCCCUCCCCAAAAAGGUGUUUGCUAAGACUUACUUCAGUGGAGCUUGUGAAUGCUGGACACGCUGCUGAAAUACUGAGUUAUUAAAUAUUAAUUUAUUUGUCACUGUUUGACAUUGUGUGCACACUUUCUCAGCAGUAUCAUUUAUUACAAUGUUCUUAACUGGGGAUUUAUUAUAUAACCUGCGAAAAUAUUUGUUUAGAAGAAGUGAAAAUGUGCACAUAAUCUACUCAAAGACAAAUUUUUGUUUCUAGAGAACUGAAAAGACUUGUAAUAAACUCUUUUCUUCCUUAGCAUCCUGAUUCAAUUGGAGAAAAUAGUGUCUUUAUCCAGAUUAUUUAAAAAGAAAGAUACCUUUCCAAGAGGCACCUGUAUCAGCACAAAGACAGUUUCACAGCCUUCAAGUAUGGCGCCUGAAUUAAGUAACACUGAAUUCGAAGUGAGGACAACUCCAUUGUUUGGCUUUGGUGUUGGCAAUGGGUUUAAACUUGUUAAGCAGUCGGGGAAGAGGGAAGUGAGAGGUGAGGACAGUCAUCCAGAUCCAGGAAAGGCGUAUCAAUGAUGCACACACACUGAGCCAGGUCAUGCUUAGUGUUUGCUCAAUUCCUUUUUUUGAGAGCUAAUUUAUUUAUAAAGCCGGAAAUUGAAUACUUACUGCCUACUUGUUAACAAAUAGCUGUAUAAUGCUAUGCAGUAGGUUCAAAUUGUACCAUUUUUCAUAAUAAAAUAUGACUUUUUAAAAUUUCAGAUUAAUAUUUUACAGUGCUCUUCCUUUUCACUGGUCAGAGGAUCAGUGGUUUGGUCCUGUUUGUGGCCUGAGAUUUAACUAGAAUUUAGAAAAAUGAAGAUGUCUGAUUUGGUGAAAGGGGAAGCAGUUUGGUAUAGAGUAUGUGCUAGCCUUUCACCCUCUAGUCACUAAACCCCAAUUGUAUUGAUAAUGUACAAGGGUCUUGGCCUAUUAAAUAACAUUUUAAUACACACACACAAAAAAAAACACAAACAAAAAACACAACUGAACAAAAGAGAAGCCACCAAACAACAUGGCACAAAACAGUUUCUGCUCAGGAAAAAGGCCCAGGACUGUAAUAGCAGGGUUAUUGCACAUUGGAUUGAAAACUGAUUGAUGUUGUAAGUAGAAGCCAGUAGUGCCUGCCUGUGUGACAUCUGACUCUUAACCAGUGCUCUUAUUUCCUCAUCAUCAUGAGCACUUGUGCGCAGCAGCUGAAAUACAGAGAAAAACAAAAACAUUCAAGAGUGAUGCAGGUCUCUGCAUUGGAUAAUAUGGGUAUAUAAGCAAAUAGCAUAAAAAUAGACAAGGUAGCUAAUUGUACUUGCGUUUGUUUUCACAGAAAGUAUUGCAGCCAUUUUGUUUGAAACCAGAUUUUCAUUUUGAAAUGAAAUUGUCAGGGAUAUUCUAAUGAUAGAGAAUUACAGUAAUGUAUUGCUUUUCACUUUUUUGCUUUAGUUGCUUAAUAUUUAAGCUUUGCUCCGUGCUACCUUCUUGUCUGUAUAUUGAAUGGUCACUAUGCCUCUUUCAUUUUGUAGACUUGAAUGAGGAAAAUAUGAUUCAUCCUUUAAGGUUUGCUGAGAAGUAAAUGAUAAAGAAUGUUGUGUAACAUUUAUUCAAAUAAAGCCUUGAUUUUUUUCAGUGCUCUUUUAAAGGGAAAUAAUGUUGAAUAAUGUUUUGUCUUAGCUUCCUUGUUUUAUUAGUCCUUGACCCAAAAGCCUUUGAUUUCUGUUUUUUCUGCUUUUUUUUUUUUCUUCUUUUUCCCUGAAUUAAACAAAGAUUAAACUG